CGGUCUUGGGUUUAUUGAGGUCAUCGUGUCUUUGUUUGUUACUAGAUUUUGCUUCUUUUGUGUGUAAAUACCGCUAACAGGUUACAUACAUACAGUGACUCCGAAACUCUAGGUUACAGGCAGCCGAACUGUUUGAUGAUGACUGAGGACUCGUGGGAGAAAAGAAACCUGAAUAUGACGGACAUGAUGUCAAGUAUUGGGGGGGCACGACUUCUGUUUGCGACUCGCGCCGAGAGACGUUUCACAUGUGCACUCUGCUCGAAGCAGUUCUCACGCCGCCCGAGCCUGACACGACACAUGCUGACUCACACCCAGGAGAAGACAAUCACGUGCCCCGUGUGUUUCCGGCCCUUCGCGCGCAAGGACCACCUCGACAGACACAUGCUCAUACAUACGGGCGAGAAACCAUACCGGUGUGAGAUCUGUUUGAAGGGUUUCGUGCAGGGCUCCGACCUCAAGCGACACAGGUUCAUUCACUCGAGCGACCAGCCAUACAAGUGUGAGAUAUGCCUGAACGGUUUCGCCGAGAGCGGGAAGCUCAAGCGCCACAUGCUGAUCCACACGCGGGAGAAGCCACACAAGUGUGAGAUCUGUGGGAAGGGCUUCGGGCUCAAGUCCAACCUCAAGCAGCACAUGCUGGUCCACGCUAACGCAAAACCAUUCAAGUGUGAUGUCUGCCUCAAGUCGUUUCCUGAAGACGAGGAGGUGAAGCCCAAUAUAGCUAUCCUCCAGGAGAAGCGAUCCAAAUGUGAGAUUUGUCUCAAACGACUGUCGCGUAAGUCCGAACCGAAAUCACACAAGACUGUGCGCAGUGUGGAAAAGCUUUACAAGUGUGAGAUCUGCUCAAAGGGUUUUACGGAGAGUCAGCAUCUGAAGCGCCACUUGCUGGUCCACUCAGGCGACAAGUCGUUCAAGUGUGGAAUCUGCAUGAAGGACUUCGCCGACAACGUGCACCUGAAGCGCCACAUGGUCAUGCACAGCGGGGAGAAGUCAUUCAAGUGUGGAAUCUGCCAGAAGGACUUCGCACAGAGCGCCAGCCUCAAGAGACACAUCUUAUUCCACACCUAUGAAAAACCACUGAAGGCCCUGUUGAACAUUGAAAUGGCUGCCCUGCAGACACCAGGUGGCAUUGCUUCACCCGGAACAGCAGAUUCCUACCUGCGAGUUGCGCAUUUUGCAUGUACACAUCACGCACCACAGGUCACAGCUGCAUCAUUGAGCACACUGCAGCAUCACUGAUAUGAUGACUAUGCAAGAGCAGCUGACAAGGAUCAGCAGUUAUAUUAUUCAAAGAAUGUUGUCAAAGAAGAACCAAAAAAUGUCCACAACUCCAGUACUGGAGUCUUGCAUUGGCAUUAGAGGUUUGUAUUCUGGCCUUUGUGCACUCCAUGAGGGAGGCUGACUUUGAUAUGUAUUUCCAUGCCCUCUGGGAGCUUCUCCCAUGUUUCUUUGCUCGUGACCACACACACUAUGUGAGACAAAUCCCAGUCUGCAUGCGAGACAUGCUAGGCCUUCGUAGGAUACACCCUCACGUGUUGGAAGAAUUCCAAGCUGGAAUGUUCAGGGUGCAAAAGACUAAGCGUAUAUUUUCCUUCACUGCCACAAACCAGGCACAUGCGAGGCAGAUGGAGGAGCUGUUGGCAAUCCAAAUGAUGGAUGGUCGCUGGCCCAGAGAUUGCAAGAGUGAUUGUUGAGUUCUUCAACAAAGAUGUUAGAUCACUUGUGUCACAGAAGACAUCGCAACCUCAUCAGUUACUCACAGUGUGCAAUAUGUGCAGGAGGUGGGGGAACGAGACUUGGAUUCAUUUGUGCAAGAAAGGCUUAUUGACUUUAAAAAGCCUCUCGAUGUCCUCUCCCGCAACAAGUUGACAUUUUUUGGCAGCUCAUCAGCAAAAGCCCGGCCUAAAGACAAACUGAAGGUAGUCUCAUUAAAGAGCAAUGUGCAACUGUUUUUCUGCCUUUACAUUGCUUGUGAGCCUUUCCCUCCAUCCUUGUCCCAGGCAGGGAAGCUUCAAACUCAAACAGAGAGAUAAUCUUUUGCAAUGCUUUGAGGAAAUUGCACUGGCCAGUAUACAGACUCCAGAGGUUACAUGCAUAAUACUUGGUGGGGCAGCGAUUGUUCAAAUUCUAAAGCCUGGAACAGCUAAGUCCUUUAGAGAAUAUGCUAAAGAGGUCUUCAUCCCAUCUGUUCUCUCCCAGUAUAAAUCUUCAACCUGACUUGACCUGGUGUGGGACCAUUACCUACCUGAAAGUCUGAAGAGCAUGACCCAAGAAUAGCGUGUCGAGGGAGUUCGUCGACAUGUGGGUACCUCAGUUGCAGGUCCUGGAAAAUGGCAGAAUUUUCCUCGUGUCGAAGACUGCAAGACAGAUUCCUCUUCAAUGAAAUAAUCAAAUUAGUUUAAGACCAGAGCAAGGAGUUAGUAGUCACACAAGGAAAAUAUGUUAUUACUGCUCCACCUCGCAUGAAUCUAGAAUCACUUGCUCCAUGCAAACACGAAGAGGCAGAUGGCCGCAUGCUCCUCCAUGCAGCUGAUGCGGCACAGAGAGGGUAUGGCAGUAUCCUAAUUCGAACCAUUGAUACAGAUGUUGUCGUACUUGCAGUUUCGGAAACUCAGAAACUUUGUUUGAAGACAUUAUUAGCCUUUGGAACAGGGAAGAACUUGAGAUUCCUCCCUGCACAUGACAUAGCCACUGCUCUCGGCCCUGAAAAGUCAAAGGCCCUCACCAUGUUUCAUGCAAUGACAGGAUGCGACACUGUGUCAGCGUUUGCUUGGCGUGGGAAGCAAACUACAUCGGCUGUGUGGGAGUAAUUCCCAGGCCUCACAGAUGCACUAUCUGAAGUAAAUCACGAACAAUCAGAUAUAACUGAGUCCUGUAUGACCAUUAUUGCAAGAUUCGUCAUUUUGGUGUAUGUUCGCACAAGUUUAAUAUUAAUAUUAAUACAGCACGAAAGAAACUGUUUGCAAAGAAAGGCAGACCUCUGGAAUCGAUUCCGCCUACAUAACAUGAUCUGGAGCAGCAUGUUAGCCGUGCAGUGUACCAAGGAGCAUUAUGCUGGGACCAAGCAUUACAUGCACAGCCUGAACUCCCAAGUGUGUGGGGUUGGGGGAUAACAUAUGGCGGUCAGUUUAAACUGAUUUGGACAACACUACAAAAGAAUGCACUGGUCGCUUCAGGUGUAAGAAGUCUGCACUUCCAUGCACGUCACUUUAUUCUUGAGAUGAGGAUUGGAAAUGCAGUUAUGGUGAUUGUGCUUUUUGGUCAGCUGCUCGUGAUGUUUUGUUCAUAAGUUCAUUCCUUCGCAUAUUGUGUGUAGACCUGUUAACUGAUGGGGGUGGGUGGGGGGGGGGACUUAGGCCAGAGAUAAAGCGGUCGGUCUAGGAUAGAUCACCGUCAGUGGAGCCAUUGGGCUUUUUCUCGUGUA